AUGCAGCCCAACUUAACGAAUAAGCGUCUGUCCAUCUGCGGAUGGAAAAAAAGUGGCAACGAGAAAUCGAAGCUGGUACCAUGGGAUGUGAUCGAUCGGUUGGUGGUACCGAUUAUUUGCUGUCACGCUGCGGCAAUUCUCAUUUCCGGUGCGCUGAAUUUGCUGCGAAUUUCCCAAGUGUCAGCGUUGGUCCUGUUCAUCCUGUUCACCAUCCUGACCGUCAGCGGUGUGUUCUUCUACCACAGCCUUGCGAUUUCGCCACUGGGAAAGGCUGUCCUCAUUACCGGCUGUGAGUCACCGCUAGCUCGUGCCCUUGCCAAGUAUCUGGAUGACCUUGGGUUCACCGUAUUUGCGGGCUUCAAGAAGCUGCAGGACAGUGACGAUGCGAUCACAAUGAAGGAAGCAUCCUCCGGGCGUCUGAAGCUGCUUCAGCUGGACGUGACUAGCGAGGUCGAGAUGUUGGAGGCUUCGCUUUACAUCGCCCAACACCUGCCCGCCGGUGAGGUUGGUCUGUGGGCGUUGGUGCACUGCGAACUCUGGAACGCACUCGGCGAACUGGAAUGGGUACCGUUUCCCGUCCUGCGAAAAUCGUUCGACGUUAACGUUCUCGGUGCCUCCCGGUUGACACAGAUCAUGCUGCCCCUCAUCCGCAACGGCAAGGGUAGAAUCGUGUUCCUGUCGUCGGCACUCGCCCAUCUGCCGUCGCCGGUGCGGGGUGUCCUCUGUGCGACCCAGGCCGCUAUCGAAGGGUUUGCCGUAUGUCUACGGAAGGAGCUGACGCCCCGCCAGGUCGGUGUGUCGAUCGUCUGCGCUAGCGAACUGACGGCCGGCGAUGCUUGGCUGGACGAUAAGGAUAUGCGCGAUCAGGCUAAAACCAUGUGGGCCCUGCUGAGCGAGGAGCAGAAGAAUGCGUACGGUGAGGAUUACUUCGAACAGGCGAUUCGUUCGCUGGAACCGUUCUGCUACGGAGAUGGAGACUUUCAAGCCACCGUUCGUGCAUUGUCCGAUGCAAUCGUGCGCACGUUUCCGGUCUUUCGCUACACGCCAUUGACGUGCAAGGAAAAGUUUCAAAUCAUCGCUGCCGAGUAUAUGCCAAGCUUGCUGUACGACAUUCUGUUCAAAGCUUAG